AUGGAACCUCCAGCAAAACGCCGGCGCCUGAGUGACGGAGAUGCAGGUCGUGAUCGCAAGGCAUCAUCAUCUAGUCGAGCCCCAGCUUCUCUGUCUCACCCAAUCAGUCCUCCCCGAAAGAAGACUGUCGAAAAGACUGUCAAAGAACGUCGACUUCUCCCUUCUCCGUUCCGGCUUACCACAAUCACGGACCUUCCUCCAGAGUCCAACGUCGGAGCCGUGUCACUCAAAGACUUACUCGGAGACCCUCUUAUCGCCGAGUGCUGGGAGUUCAACUACCUACACGAUGUGGACUUCUUGAUAAGUCACUUCGACGAAGAUACCAGAUCGCUCGUCAAGGUCCACGUUGUCCAUGGCUUUUGGAAGAGGGAAGACCCCAACAUGCUAGCUCUAGAGGAGCAAGCCGGCCAACGCAAGAAUGUCACUCUACACACGGCGUUCAUGCCGGAGAUGUUCGGCACACAUCACUCCAAGAUGAUGAUUCUACUCAGACACGAUGAUACGGCCCAGAUUAUCAUCCACACAGCCAAUAUGAUCUCCAAGGACUGGACCAACAUGACGAACGGGGUGUGGCAGUCUCCACGACUUCCGCAACUCAAAGCCGCACAGGGGUCUCCGGAGAUAGACACAACGAGAGUAGGGAGCGGGCAUCGGUUCAAAAUCGACCUGCUGAAUUACCUCCAAGCCUACAACACACGGCGCGACGUUUGCAAGUCGCUGGUGGAGAAUCUUGCGAAAUACGACUUCUGUGCCGUCCGCGGCGCACUGGUGGCUAGUGUACCUGGCAAACACGAUGUGGACCAGGACCUGGAGAAGACACGCUGGGGGUGGCAGGGUCUGAAGCAAGCAGUGAAAUCAGUCCCAGUCCAGGAUGGCAAGUCCGAGAUUGUUGUGCAAAUCUCCUCUAUAGCGACUCUGGGCGGCACCGACGCUUGGCUGCAACGCACGCUCUUCGAUGCCUUAUCAGCAUCAUCCUCAUCCAAGUCCAAGCCCACAAAACCAAGCUUCAAGAUUGUGUUCCCCACCCCAGACGAGAUACGGCGGUCCCUGGACGGGUACGCGUCCGGCGGCUCGAUACACACGAAGAUCCAGUCGGCGGCCCAGGCCAAGCAGCUGCAGUACAUGCGGCCUAUAUUCCACCACUGGGCGAACGACUGCGAGAAGGGCAUUGCCCCAGAAGGAGCAGAACCCAAAGACGCAGGCCGCCAGCGCGGCGCGCCGCACAUCAAGACCUACAUCCGCUACGGCGAAAAUUCGACGAUCGACUGGGCGCUGCUCACAUCCGCCAACAUCUCCAAGCAGGCCUGGGGCGAGGCGACCAACAAGGCCGGCGAGGUGCGCAUCGCCUCGUGGGAGAUCGGCGUCCUGGUCUGGCCGGAGCUGUUAACGGACGACCCGAGGGCGCGGAUGGUCGGCACGUUCAAGACGGACAUACCCGUCAAGGACGACUUCGACGGCGAGAGCGAGACGCCCCUGGUCGGUCUGCGCAUCCCGUACAGUCUGCCCUUGCAGCGGUAUGGAAAUGCCGAGGUCCCGUGGGUGGCUACGGCGAGCUACACUGAGCCGGAUUGGAAGGGCGGCGUUUGGGGAGGGUGGUAG